AUGCUCAAAGAAGUUGUGCCACCUUUUCCUCUUCUGGAGCCACCAUUUAUUGAAAAGGUACCAGCAAUAGCCUCGCGGCCUUCAUCAUCCAAAAUAACAGUUGUUUCAAAUGCAAGUUUUGACGUUGCUCCAAAAAUCGGGACUGCAACUUCAAAAAAGCAGGAUGAUAAAAAAAUUCGCGAUUUGAUUGAAGGAUGCAGAGCAGAAGCAGAGUGGAAUUUGGACUCUAAAGAGCUCACGGAUUUUGAGAUAAGACUCCUCGCAGAGGAGCUUACAACAAACAAAAACUGCAAGAAACUUGUCCUGUGGGAUAACGAAAUCACUGAAGUUGGUGCUCAGUAUUUAGCUGAUAUGUUAAAAAAGAAUAGAAAAUUGAAAUAUCUUAUGGUUGGAAUGAACAUGAUUGGGAAAGGUGUCCAAUCCUUGUGUGAAGCACUGAAACAUCAUAAUAGUACUCUGACAACCUUAGAUGUUCAAUGUAAUUCAAUCGGAAACGAUCUGAUAGCCACCAUUAUAGACCUUAUGAAAACAAGUAAAUCGCUCGAUGCUUUGUAUCUAGGCUGGAAUCGAAUAUCGGAAGAAAAUAGACAUAAAUUGCAGAAUCUAGCUAAAGCACGAAGAAUUAGACUAUAUUUAUGA